AUGUUGGAGCAAGUGAUCCGUUUAUGCAAGGGAGUCAACAGGUCCACGCAGCUCGCUGAUGACAACGAAGAAGUCCCUAAUUUACAAGGGAAAACAUAUUUGGCAUUCAAGCUCACGCAACAAGAGUGGUUGAAGUUAGAGUUGAUUCAAGAUGUGCUGCAGCACAAUACUGCACAGGAGCCCGCUAAUGCUCAACAGACUUUCUCGGCUACUCGGGAGCCUACAGUCUGGUGCACCAUUCCUGUUCUCAAAUAUCUUCAAGAGACGUGGGAAAGCAUGGCUGGCACAUCGAAAUUCGACAGCCUUUCGACAUCCAUCCAAUCUGGCCUCGACAAUCUUCGUAAGUGGUAUCGAAAGACAAAUGACACAGAUGUCUACUUCAUCUGCCUUGCCCUUGACCCUAACUACAAAGUUGCCUAUGCGAAGGCAAAAUGGGCAUCUCAAGACUUUGCUGAUGGCGUGAAACGGCUCAAAGAUGUGUAUCUAGUUUGA